AAAAGCUCCUGUGUCAGCAAAAAACUUGAGCGCGAUCUCGAGGCUGACGGAAGCCUCGUGUACCACGCAUGUGCCUGCUCACUCUUGCUCUUGUGUCUGAUGGAAACGGAGGCAGAGGAGCGAGAAGGCAACCAUGAGAACAAGGAGCUCAGGCGGCGCUCUAAAACAACUCCCCCAGCUUCGAACCAAUUUGCAAUGUCUAAUUCCUUAGACAGUGGGGUUGGAAGCUUUGAAGAAGCGGACGUCGCCGACAACUCGUACACAACAAUCGAUGAACAAACACUCGUCACUGGACAACAUUAUGAUCGUGAAGCACCCGACAGUUUCCGUUUCAUCUACCUCGGCAAUGCAGUCCUGGACAAGCGUUACACACAACACAUGCUUCCUUGGUUUAUUGCUGAAAUACGGAGAAAAAGGGAGCGAAAUCCCAUUGAUUUGAGGGUCGAGGAGAUGACGGUAAAGGCAGUCGACUGCUCUGAGAGCAUUACUUUGUUUCAACACAAGGUGCAGACCAUUACACGCUGCGCGCGCUCUGUGGACAAAAAAUGUUUUGCCUACUUGACAAAAAUCCCCGAGGAACCGUCUUCCUCCUAUUGCUACGUCUUUGAAGCCGUCGAAAUAAGCUCGGUUUCGCUUUCUUCUUCAUACGAUGUCGACUGCUGCCAUUUCCUUCGUGAAAACUAUGGCUCUAUAAGUAAAUCUUCUCUAGCUCAGUUGAGCUGAUUGCACAGACUGUUUUAGCUUUCUGCUAAAAAGUAACAUGAUACACCUUUAAUGGGAAGUCUUGUUAUUCUUUUGUUCUUGUACAUAUCUCCGCUAGAAACUCGACUUUGCGAUAUCUUUUCAAUUUCAACAGGAAUAAGAAAAUCUCUAUAUUGAUCGUACUCGCUGGAAAACUUAAAUUACAAGGGGAUCGUAUUUUCAAAUUUCUCUUCCAAUAAAACUUUCAGCCUAUAACUUUACUUGCCAAAGAAUUUUCUUAGCUUAUCUAACGACAAAAUUUAUGUUAUUAUUAUUGUUUUUGUCAUUUCCCUUGCUUGAACAUGCCUCGUUGCUUAUUGUUCAAACCAUUGUUUUCGUCGAGUAUCACAAGAGAAUUUUGUUGAGUUUUUACAGCGUGUACAUCGGAUUUGGUAUCUUGAUUUUUUUUUUUCUCGGUUUUGGACGUGAUUUUGCCACAGCUUUCAUUGUUUGCAUGUGAGUGAAUAUUUGGAAAGUAGCACGUUUCGCAAAAUUUUAUCACGUACAAUUUACAUUGGUUUGAAGUUCAAGGUAAUAUAGGCACAUCUACAUGUAUACUUGUAAUUGUUAUGCAAAUUAUCCCAGUGUCACACAAUAUCCUCUUGUCCUUAAAACAAACACAGUCACAGCCCUGGGAAUUCAUUUGUUUCUUUGGUUUAGUUCAACAAUGGGUUUCACUUUUUAGUUGGAGCAAGUAUUGCCCUUAGAUUACAUAAUUCCCAUGAAAUAACAUGUUUGUGUUGCUUUUAGUUGGGGUAGCUGCUUCAUCCUUGAAACACAUGUUAUGUUAAUAUGUUGAAAUACUGCAUUGUAAGAAAUUAAAAUGUAAAUAAAUGGACGAGUACUUUUCCCUCUUUAUAAGAGCGUAAAGAUUUUUUUGAGCAAUUUGCUUGUAGUAUUUGUGUUAUGGAUGGUUAAUUUUAAGUGAUAAUAAAUUUUUUAUCCCUUGAAUAACAUGAUCGUUAUACAUAAGUUGCAAUUCUUUCCUCACAAAUAUAUGCAGAUUUGAUAGGUGUUUUGAACAAUGGAUUUUACCAGCUAUUGUAACUGGUAGUACUGUUUUUGGAAUGAAAUUGCUAAAUUGAUGUGAUCAAAAUGCACUUGCUUGUAAUGUUACUGUGGAAGCAACAGUGAACGUGGUUGAAAGGGUUGGAAAGUCUUUUCAAAAUCAGAGAAGUAUUGGGGUGUUAAGUUUAUUCAGGGAAAUUCUUUAUCUUGUCAAAGUCAGAAAUGCGUUGUGUUGUUGAAAAACAAUCAUCUUAUUGUUGUCAAUGAAAAUUAUUUCUUGCAAAACAAAUAGAAAAUUAUUUUAA